UUUUUUUUUUAUAAAAAUGAGCGAGUUUCUUUCAGAAAAUAAUGCAUGCGGACAAAAUUUACUUAAUAUUGUCUCUGUGGGCAACUCCAUAAUUGCAGAAAUACUGCGACUUAAAGAAUAUGUUCCUAGUAUUUAUCGGUUGCAAAACGCAGCUGAUAAACAGAAAUAUGCGGAUAUUAUAUUAGACUUUAGCUACUUCAAGGUAGCUGAAGCACAUGAAAAGAAGAUAGAGGGUAGUCCGGAGCUCAGCGACUUGGACUUGGAAACUCGCACAAAUCACCUUCAGCUAAUAACACGCUUCUACCUGGCCUUUCAGAGUAUACAUCAUUAUGCUACAGAUUUGCAGCAGUAUAUAGAAGAGCUAAAUAGUGGUUAUUAUAUACAACAAACGCUGGAGACGGUGCUGCAGGAUGAGGAGGGUAAACAGUUAUUGUGCGAAUCGCUAUACUUGUACGGCGUAAUUUUGCUCGUCUUGGAUUUACAUAUUCCUGGUGAUGUGCGGGAGCGUCUUUUGAUUGCCUAUUAUCGCUAUAGUGGAGGUGAUGCCACACCCAGCGGCGAUGAUAGCAACAUUCAUGAUGUUUGUCUACUGUUGCGCUCCACGGGUUUUGUACAGCCGACACAGAACCAGGCGAUGCUGCCAGUGAACAAAAUAGUGUCUGUGCCCAGCUAUCCAGAGUCUUACUUUGCGCGUUUUCGCUUCGAUACUAAUUUUAUAGAUUUAGUUUUGGUUCGCUUGCGCUGCGACGACAUUUACAACCAGCUGGCCAUCUAUCCACAUCCAACGCAUCGAACCACAGCAUUAUCGACUCAGGCUGUGAUGCUCUACGUUUGCCUUUACUUCGCGCCCCAAGUGCUGCACACCCAAAGUGCUCAAAUGCGUGAGAUUGUGGACAAGUUCUUCAACGAUAACUGGACACUUUCCAUUUAUAUGGGUAUCACUGUAAACUUAAUUGAUGCCUGGUCAUGCUUCAAGGCCGCUAGCACAGCUGUGGCCAAUGUAGUUACACGUAGUUCACUUGAACCACUCUGCCAGCAGAAGCGCGAACAGAUGAAUAAAACGCUUCAAAAAAUCGGAGAGAUUGUACGUGAAGGUGUCUUGGAUGAUGUCUUCGUACUGGAGCAUGCCAAUCAGAUAAUUGUGUUGAUGCGACAAGCUAAUGUGCUGUUACGUUGGUAUUGCCUUCACACACGACCCGCCGUACUUAUCAUCUUUAACCAGGCGACAUUAGCGCAACUACAUCAAAAAUUACUUUCUGCACUCGAAUUUGAUCCUGGCAUGCUCUACCACCUUUUGCUGGGUUGUGGCGAAUUAGAGCUGAAUGUUAGGGAGCUGUUGGCUGAGCUUCAAAACAAUCGCGAGCAACGAUGGACGCACAAUCGGGAUGCUGCAAUUCAAUAUCUGAGACAAUUAAGUGAAGCCUUUGGGGGAUCACGACCAUUGACCAAAAUGGAAGCGAAUCCUCAUCUACAGCAAUGGUUUGGUCAGAUAGCUCAUCGUCUACAAAGACUGGAGGUCGGUAAACCCCAAAAAUCGGGACGACUGAUCAUACAAGCAAUGCAGGCAUUGGACGAAGUCCAGGAAUAUCACAAUUUACAUGCAAAUAUGCUGGUCAAGCAGCAGUUGGAGGAAACUCGCGAUCUACUAAAUCAGAUGGCACAGUUAAUCAACCUCAAGGAAGAUAUCGAGAUACACAUUCAGAUGAUUAGCGAUUUCAGCUACGCCUGGUGCUUACUGCAGCGAGAUUUCAUUGUGAUCAUGCAGAAUCACAUUAAAGCCUUGCCACGCGCUGUCAUUAGUAUACGAGCUGUGUUCCUGAAGCUGGCCAGCACGCUGGAGGUGCCCCUGAUGCGAAUCAACCAAGCCAAAAGCGAGGAUCUGAUCUCUGUAUCUAACUAUUACAGCACAGAGCUAGCGAACUUUUUGCGACGUGUGCUUCAGAUUGUGCCGGAGACAAUGUUUAGCAUUCUGGCAAGAAUAAUACAGCUGUUAACUAAUGCCAUUAAAGAGUUUCCAACACGUCUUAGUAAGGAUAAGAUACGCGAAUAUGCGCAGUUCGAAGAGCGUGCGAAGGUGGCGCAGCUCACCAAUUCCAUUGCAGUAUUUACCAAAGGUAUACUAAUGAUGAAAACAACUUUGGUGGGCGUCAUUGAGCUAGAUCCCAAACAGCUGCUUGAAGAUGGUAUACGUAAGGAAUUUGUCAACCACUUGGCUAACGCCUACAAUUUAGGCCUUAUAUUUACGCCAGAGAAGAACAAGACGUCUGUGCAGUUGCUCCAGGAGAAGCUCCAAGCGCUGGCUAAGACAAUCGAGGGUUAUCGCCGCUCCUUUGAGUAUAUCGAAGACUAUUUGCGUGUACAGGGCCUGCGUAUAUUGUUAGAAGAAUCGCAGCGCAUUAUUAAUUACAAUGUGGAAAAGGAAUGCAAUUGCUUUUUGCGCAACAAAGUGCAGGAAUGGCAAUCCCGCUUCCAGUCUCAAACAAUACCAAUACCAAACUUUAAACCAUUGCAGGGAGAUGCUACCAAAUCGGACAAUUUCAUUGGGCGUCUCGCAAACGAAAUAUUACGUUGCACGGAACCAAAGCAAACGAUUUAUUUAGAUUUAAAGUGCACGUGGUAUGACAAACGUGCACCGCACCAACAGCUUCUACCUGGUUCCGGUUUUUUCCACGUGCUACGCGAGGCUAUGGCACCGGCAGGGAUGGUGGGCCUGGAGAGGCUCUAUGCGCACAUGCUGGCAGAUGAGUUGAAGCGUUAUAUGGGCAGACUGCAAAAGAAUUUAAAUACGGAUCGAAUGUGGUGUGAUGCGCUGAACAGUCUGACCAAGGAGCUAGAAUCCCGUGACUUUCCCAGUGAAGUGGCCAAACACCCGCUUAAAUAUUAUCAAAGCUAUACACAACGUUGGCUAAAGGUGUGGCCCACACUCCUCGACUGGAUGCUUUCUAUUGGACAUAAACAGCUGCUGCGCCAGCAUAUUGCCGGCGAGCUAAGUUUUAGCAGCAAGUGUGAUGCCAAGUUGCUGGAGAAUACAACAGAAACACUGAAUCGGGCCUUGUUGCUGGAACUGUCGUCUAAUAUGAAACUGUACAAUGAGCAGGGCAUGAGCAUGCUUACCGAGCUGCAAGAAAUACUUCAGUAUACGGGCAACUAUGAUCCUCUGGAGCAGAUCUUUAUGACCCCCAAAAAUUCGCACAAUAUGUCCUUAUUUCUGUUCCUCUUUACCAUUGCGCAUGUGGGUCGCUUGCAGCAUUCUGCAAAUACGGACUGUUUACUUCCAAAGUCUGCUAAAGAUGUCAUUGAUUGUGUGCCCUUAAUUCUGGGACUACUAACAGUACUUCAACAAUUUCACAAGAAUGUUAAAACGCUGUAUAUCUCCUAUUUGUGCCAGUAUGUUGUAACUGUGGCCGAAGCACAACUACUAGAUAAGGAGGUAUUGGGUGCAGAUGUUAUUACUAUGCUGCACUUCCUGCAGACUUUCGUACGUAUGGCUGGUUUACCGCUUAGUGUCCUGGAGCAGCGUGUACCUAAUAUGCUUUUAAGCGAGUUUCAUUAUUUAUCAACCCCUGUAAAGUAACAUUCAACUCUAAAAUAAAUUUUGAUUUUGAUAAAU